AUUAUUUUCUCUAAAUAAAUGCUCCAAUUAAUAGACAUAAGUCUUGGGACAUAUUUAUAAUUCUCUUCUUUUAUCUGUUUAGUAUAAAUAUACCAUCACAGCACCCUAUUGGGUAAGCCAUUAUUCCAUAAUAUUUCAUAUGGUAUCAGACGAUUAGGUUUUCCUUUUUUUCUUCCGCUAAAUAUGGCGCACGACUCUUUUGCCUCCACCAUCCCUACCGCCGCUAUGGAGCCUUCCAUUACUGUUCAGGCUUCUUCUUCAGCAGUUCUUCAUGAUAGUACGAUGCCCUACUCCUCUCAGGUGCAGCCGAUGCCCCCCAUGGAUAUAUCUUCUCCGUUUGUUCGCCGCCAUGGUCCCCUGUCUGACCCUGUUUUACCAGCACCGGACUCCUACAAAAUGUUUGGCAUGCCUCAGUCUUUCUCAUGGACAUGCAUCGCCUCUUGUCAUGCCUGCUAUGCCUUCUCUGCCGCCACUCCAUGCUCCGAUUGGUCCUUCUCCUUCGUUGAUCAUGACUUCUUCUUCCCCGAGUACUACUAUGGCGUCCAGCAGUCAGGUGUCACCUCCGGCUCUCUUUACGGGCUCCACCUUCUCCGGUCAGCCUGGCACAUCUCCUCUCCUGCCACACCAGUUCGGGACAUCGCCAGUCUUCUUGGAGUUAUCGAUGGGUCUGUUUCAGCACCGCCACAGCUUAUUCCUGAUGUACAUCGGAGGGAGGUUCUAAAUCCAGAGUAUCAUUACUGGCUUAAAAUCGAUCAAGCUGUCCGUUCGUGGAUUUUUACUACUUUAUCUCGAGACAUUUUAAUGGAGGUAUAUGAUUUAAAAUUUUCUGCAUGCAUUUGGCAAUGUCUCGAAACUCGGUUUAUGUUUGCCUCUCUUGCUCGGUCUAUGGAGCUUAAACGCCAGCUGUCCCAUAUUAAAAAGAAUGAGUCUCAGUCCAUAGAUCAAUAUCUUUUGGAAAUUCAAAUACUGGUUGAUAAUCUGAAUUCUAUAAAUUCACCGGUGAGCAAUCGUGAUUUAAUUGAGUACACCAUCCUCGGUUUGGGACUCGAUUAUGAGUCUUUGAUUACGACUCUUUCAUAUAUUCCGGGCGAAGUCACUCUUGAGACAUUGCGGCCUAUUCUUCAAACCUAAGAACAACGAAUUAAGUUUCUCCGUUCACAAGAAUCUGCCCCAACUCAUCAGGCCUUCGCAGCUCCAGCAAUUCCAGCAGCACCAGCGGCUGCUAACCGAGGGGGUGUAGCUCCAAUUGCACGUGGACAGGGGGCGGGCGCAAGGAGGGCGUGGUUAUCGCGGUGGACGUGGUCAUGGACAGCGAGGUAGAGGUCGUGGUUAUGGUGCUCCAUUUCAAUAUCAUCAUGCAGGGCCUGGAAAUCAGCAUCCCCCUUUACUUCCACUACCUCGGUUCGGCCAGGCUCCUGGACAACUUCAUUAUGGUCAGCCUCGGGCACCGGCUCCUAGAAAUUCAAUUGCGGUAUUGAGUAAUACUUUGUCUGGUUAUUCGUACUUAAACUACUUUCCUGCUUGUGGUACUAACAAUGUCAGUGCAGGUUUUCCAUAUGUGGAUAAUAGUCACUUUCCUCCACCUCCAGUUAUCUGCCAAAUCUGUUUCUCUCCAGGUCAUUCAGCACUCACUUGUCCUCAUUAUGUUGGUUCAUCUCCGUCGGCCCAUGCCACUCUUCCUUCGGGUGAGACCAAUGUUGCUGUGUGGUACCCUGAUUAAGGGACAUCUACUCAUAUGACUCCUCAUGAAGAUAUUUGCAGGGCACUGUGGACUAUGGGUUGUGGCUGCAGUCCAAUUGUGAUAUUUCUCUCAUUAUUGCUUAUUCAGAUGCAGAUUGGGCCGGUUGCCCGAUAGCAGUCUCUCGACCACUGGUUAUGCUAUUUUUCUGGGUCCCAAUUUAAUUUCAUAGCGGUCCAAGAAGCAACCCACUGUACGUCUCAAAAUCCUCUGCUGAAGCAGAGUAUAGAGUUAUAGCAUAUAUAGUCCAGGACGCUUUAUUUAUUCGCUCCUCGAUGGCCGAGAUGGAUCUUGACAUUUCGUCUCAUGUUCAGCUUCAUUGUGAUAAUGUCUCUGCUACAUAUUUGGCUGUGAAUCCUAUUCAGCAUGAUCGCAGCAAGCACAUCAAGAUUGAUUAUCAUUUUGUUCGCGAACGCGUUGCUCAUGGAGAUCUUGUUGUCAAAUAUGUUCCCACUCAUAUACAACUAGCCGAUUUUUUUACUAAAAAUUUAUCUAGUCAACGUUUUGAGUUUUUAAGAUCCAAUCUGCGUGUUGUUUCCCCUGCACAAAUUGAGAAGGUGUAAUAGAUAUAAAUCUUGGGACAUAUUUGUAAUUCUUUUCUUUUAUCUGUUUAGUAUAAAUAUACCAUCAC